GACCCGAUCUGCUCCAUCGCAUACUCGCCUGACGGCACGCGCAUCGUGUCAGGUUCCACCUACGGAUCGGUCACGAUCUGGGACGCUAAGACGAGGACUAUGGAGUGGAGGAUAAUGCAGCAUACCGACAUGGUCCCGUCGGUGGCGUUCUCGCCGGACGGCAAGUACAUCGCGUCUAGCUCUUACGACACCACCAUCCGGUUGUGGGAUGCGCAUACGGGAGAGAGCGUUAUGGAGACGUUGGGCGAGCACGGAGGUUUCGUCUACUCCGUCGGAUUCUCUCCUGAUGGCAAGCGGCUUGUUUCGGGCGGCAAGGAUACGACGGUGAAGAUUUGGGACGUACAG